UUUCAGUUGAGGGAGGCGACAUCAAGGAGGAAGGGGAUACUGUAGUAAUUCUAGAUAGCUAUUGGCCAGUUCUAUUAGCUAUCGUAAUAUUAUUUUUAGCCGCGGUGUAAACAAGACUCUCUCGGUAUUGACAUUUAUUUGUGUACAGUGUAUAUACAUAUUUAGAUAUGUCUACUCCAGCUAGAAGGCGACUUAUGAGAGAUUUUAAACGGCUCCAGGAGGACCCCCCGGCAGGCGUCAGUGGAGCCCCAUCCGAGAACAACAUAAUGGUGUGGAAUGCAGUCAUAUUCGGGCCAGAAGGAACUCCGUUUGAAGAUGGCACGUUUAAACUUACAGUCGAAUUCACAGAAGAAUAUCCAAACAAACCUCCAACAGUGCGGUUUGUCUCAAAGAUGUUUCAUCCAAAUGUGUAUGCAGAUGGGAGUAUAUGCUUAGAUAUCCUACAAAAUCGCUGGAGCCCAACAUAUGAUGUGUCUUCUAUUCUCACUUCAAUUCAGUCCCUGUUAGAUGAACCAAACCCAAACAGUCCAGCGAAUAGUCAGGCAGCUCAGCUUUAUCAAGAAAACAAGCGGGAGUAUGAGAAACGCGUGUCAGCCAUUGUGGAGCAGAGUUGGAGGGACAGUUGACCACGCACACCUGCUAACAAGCUAUUGUUUGUUUGUUUGUUUGUUUUUUUUUUCUUUAAAUAUGAGCUUUGUGUGGGUUUCCAGUUAGUGGGAUAUAUCUCUUGAUUUCCCCCCCUGCCCUACUUGUUAUGAUUUUAAGUUUUUAUGCACUUUACCUUUCUCACUGUGUAGGAUUGCGCCUGUUUUCUUUCUUUUUUCUUUUUUUUGCCUCAAGUGCUCCCCAUCCCCUCUGCUCAAUUUGUCUGAUCACAGGAUGCUUUUUACAAGAAUUUAGCCCUCAGCUGACUUUGGAGAUGCUCUCUGAUGCAAGAAUAUUGUGGUAUGUCACCGACAUCAAUGCUUCUUUACUCCAUUCCCAAGGCUGCCUAAGUUCUCAACAAAAGGACAGAAGGGGAUUCAAAGGAUUUUUUUUUUUUUUUUUUUUUUUUUUUUUUUAAAUAGGAUAUGUGGAAUCAUGAUCCAUGGACUGGUUGUGCUAUUGUUACAAAUCUCCUUUUUCCAAGAGAUAUGGGCACCCCCCCCCCCCACCCAUGGACUGGCAGAUACUGGUCUCAGACUAGCCUCAUGGCACUAUCACUUAUACAUGAAAUCUCAGUUCAAUGCUUUGUGCACGCCUUAGCUGUAUUGAGCUUUUACACGCAUGAAUGCUAGUGACCCCACAAUCAUAUUUCUUACUCAUGUGUUUAUGGAAACGUUCGUCUGAAUUUCUGUACAGAUUUUGCACUGGUUGUCCACGUCAGGAUGGGAUUUUUUUUCUUUCCAGCACUUGUAAAUAAUAAAAAAAAAAAAUAAAAGGCGAAACUACA